AUGGCCCUCUGGCGAGAAUUCGGCCAACAAUUGCGGCGCGCCAUUCCCAAGGCGACCACCGGGGAAGUGUGUCUGGCUCAAUCGCGGAGAUACAUCAGCCACACAACAACGCCGUGGAGGACCGCAGGAAUCGCACACUCGGGUCGGUGGAAUUCCGGCGCACAGAAGAGACUUCACCCUUCAUUGCAGGAGUGGAAAUCGGCACAGCGCUCCUUCUCCGCCACUGCGCAUGUUGCCCACGGCCACAUCACGCCGCCCAAGCCCGGCGAGGAAAUCAACGUUACGUUCGUCGACAAGGACGGUACCGAGGUGAAAUUGCAGGUUGCCGAGGGCGAUAACCUGCUGGAUAUUGCGCAGGCCAAUGACCUUGAGAUGGAGGGUGCUUGCGGCGGAUCCUGUGCCUGCUCAACCUGCCAUGUGAUUGUGGAGGACCCGGACAUGUUCGACAAGAUGGAGGAGCCCUCAGAUGACGAGAACGACAUGUUGGAUCUGGCCUUUGGUCUGACCGAGACAUCCCGGUUAGGAUGCCAGGUGAUUAUGAGCAAGGAUCUCGACGGGUUGGUUGUCAAGCUGCCUCCGAUGACACGGAAUCUACAAGCGAGCGACUUUGAGUCGAAAUGAGGGCACAAAGGAGCCGCUGGCGAGAGCCUCGAUAGUCCAUUGGGACUCUGUAUUACUUUGCAUUGAAUAUUUUCCAGCAGACUUGCAAGAUACCGAAUGAAAACUCUCCUGUAC